CAGCGAGCGGGUAAAUAAAUAUUUAUGGAUGGCUAAACUCUGUCGGUGGCCACAGUGCCAUCCACAAGUGUGUGUCCCCAUGAGCUGAAAAAUGCAGCUGGUGCCGAGCCCUUUUGGGUGGUUUGGCUCGUGGGAUGACCUGACCCGCUCUCCAAAAUGGAUUCCAAGGACAGUCCUAGCUGCGGUUGGUUUAUCCUUCGCCUGGCAACUGGGUUGUGCCCAAAGCUACCCCUUUUAACGGCCAGCACCAAACAACAGGCCGCUAUCUCUCGGCGGGGUCGUAAAUGCCGUAAAUGCCCAAUGCUCUGGCUCACCAGUUCCGUUUGGGCCUUUAUUUCAUCGACGGCUGGCAGACGGUGAAGACGUGUUCUCGACGCGUCCAAAAGGCAACAGUUUGCUGAAUCUCAAGAGGCCCGAUUACUAGGGCAACUUAUCAGCCGUAGCGAUUAAAUGUGCGAUUAGGGUUGCUGGUCAAAAACCAACUUGUCAUCACCUACCCAGCCCAUCCAAUCCAAUCCGGCGCAAGGACAAUGGCCACCCUGGGCGCCUGGGACUACACCAUCCUGGCGGUGGUGCUGAUCAUCUCUGUGGCCAUUGGCAUCUACUACCGCUUUGUGGGCGGCAAGCAGAGCACCACCACCGAAUACCUACUGGCGGAUCGUUCCAUGGGCAUUACACCAGUAGCCUUUAGUUUGAUGGCCAGCUUUAUGUCAGCCAUCACCAUACUGGGCGUGUCCAUGGAAAACUAUCAGUACGGCACCAUGUUCGUUGUGAUCAACCUAUCGUAUGUGCUGUCCACGCCGGUGGCUGCCUACCUCAUCAUACCGGUCUUCUAUCGCCUGAAGACGGCCAGUGUGUAUGAGUAUCUGGAGCUUCGCUUUGGCUAUGCCACCCGACUGGCCGCCUCGCUGAGCUUCUCGCUGCAGAUGGUCCUCUACAUGGGCAUUGUGGUCUAUGCACCGGCUCUGGCCCUCGAAGCUGUCACAGGACUGAACCAGGUCUUUUCCAUCGUCAUCGUGGGAGUUGUGUGCACCUUCUACGCUACGCUUGGAGGGAUGAAAGCCGUACUUAUUACGGACAUUUACCAGUCGCUGCUCAUGUUCGCGGCCGUCUUUAGCGUGAUCAUCUGCGCCUGGGUGAAGGCGGGCAGCCUGGAGGAGAUAUGGCGCGUGGCCCAGGAGAAUGGGCGCAUCAAUUUGAGCAACUUUAGUGUGGAUCCCACGGAGCGACACACCUGGUUUACCCAGAUACUUGGUGGUAGUGCCACCUACCUGGCCAUCUAUGGAGUGAACCAGACGCAAGUCCAACGCCUGAUGGCGGUGAGGAGUUUGAGUGCCGCCCGAGCGGCCCUGUGGUGGUGCCUGCCCAUUCUGUGCCUGCUGAGUGUGAGCACAUGCUUCUCGGGGCUGUGCAUCUACUGGUACUAUCGCAAUUGCGAUCCACUGUUGGAGGGACGGGUCAACUCGCGUGACCAGGUGAUGCCGCUCUUCGUCGUGGACACAAUGGGCGAUUACACCGGCCUGGCUGGCCUCUUCGUUUCGGGAAUCUUUUGCGCCAGCCUCUCAACGAUUAGCUCGAUCAUCAGCUCGCUGGCAGCCGUCACCUUGGAGGACUACCUCAAGCCGUUGGUUAGCUGCUGUGCCAAACGCACACUCACCGAUCGCCAGACCCUGUGGUACUCCAAGCUGCUGUCGCUAUUCUUCGGAGCCCUCUGCAUUGGCAUGGCCUUCAUGGCGGGUUCGAUUGGAGGACUCCUGCAGGCGGCGCUCUCAAUUUUCGGCAUCAUCGGUGGCCCUCUGCUGGGACUCUUCACGCUGGGCAUGUACGUGACCAGGGCCAACGAGAAGGGAGCCAUCGGAGGACUGCUCAUCUCGCUGGCCUUUUGCUUUUGGAUCGGUUUCGGGCAGCCAAAGCCACCCUUGGUUAGCCUGGAUAUGUCCACCGCGGGCUGUCCGCUGAACAAAAGCUAUGCCAGCGACAUUUUCCUUAAAUUUGCGAAGGCGGAGGUUGAGGAUGAGCAUUACUUUUACCUGUACAGGAUCAGCUAUAUGUGGUACGCCGCCCUGGGCUUCCUGAUUACCUUCUUCGGCGGCUGGCUCUUGUCCUGGCUAUUCGAGCUGUUGAACUGGGACAACAAUAGGCGCAUCUACCAGGAUGCGGACUGUACGCUGAUCAAGCAUGAUCUCUUCGUGCCGCCGCUGGCCAAGCGACUGCAACGGCGGCAAAUGCCGCUGCUGGUGGUGACCGGCACCAGUUCGGAGAUUGGCGGCAUCGCGGCGGAGCCGCGGCUAGACGAGAUCGAGUGGGAGAAACACAAGGCUGUGGCGUAGCUUAAAAUCUAGAUUUUCGAGUUUCAAAGCCCUGCUGGGUACUGGGUUCUGUAAAGACCAAUUUUUGGUCUAUCCCUUUCACCCAUCUUAUCAUUGCGAAUGCCAUUCAGCUGAGUCAGCUUUAUUUUAGAUCACUUCAAAACAAACAAAAAAUAGAAAAACCACUUUUCAUUUUUUUUUUUUCCAAUAUGGUUAAGUUUAAUAGCAAUUUUAUACAAGAAAAUAAUUGUCAUAGAAAAAAAAAUGUCUUUUGUAGUUACAUUGUUAUUUAUUCUGUCGUUUUUGAGGGUGCAUCAAAUUGAAACCAUCAAAUUAGAGUAUCAUAUAGUUGUUUCGUUGUUUCUUCCAUCUUCGCGUUCCGAAGAGCGUACUAGCCUUUUCCUCUUGUCAACAUUAUAUUAACUGAACUUUGGCUUUAAUAAACGAUCUGAUUCAUUGAGCAAUCCAAA